GAAUAACACUGGCACACCAAAACCAAAACCAAAACCAAAACCAAAACUGCAUACGGCAGCUAGUUUUUUUUUUCCCCUUAAAUAUAUAUACAUUUGCCCAAAAAUUGAAGAUUAGUGUUCUGUACUGUGCGCAUCUUGUAAUUGCACAAAUUUGAGAGAAACACAGAGAGAGAGAGAGAUGGUGACACUGGUGGUGGCGACGACUACGGACCCAGCAUCCAUAAACCCAGCGAAAGCGCUUCUUGCCAUGCCUGGCUGGCACCCUGGCCCCUCCUUCCAGGAGGAGGAGAACAUUAAGAGCUUCACAAAUGAAGGAGUGAGGCUAUUGCAACAUGACAAUUUCAUAGUGAACGAGGACAACUUGGACCUCCGUUGGGAACAGCUCACCGGCGAGUCUGUCCAUGAGAUCAUCUUCCUCAGCAAACACACCGCCGUUUCAAAUCGCCCAGCCCUCACCGUUCACCCCAUUGGGGUACCUCACUUGAAGGAAGGUGAUGUUCCUCCACAAGGUGGGAAGCCUGGAUGGGCGGCGCUACCCAGUCCCAGGAUAGGUCCUUGGCUCAGGCUCUUAAAGAACAUUGCUUUUUCUCAUAAUUUGGUUCCUGAGUUUGAGAUUACUUUGGAGGGUACUCACCAUGGACCGUUCACUAAUAAACCUACUAUGUUCAUUGAGAUUGGUAGUACAGAGGAGUACUGGAAAAGGCAGGAUGCAGCUCAAGUUAUUGCCCUAUUAAUUUGGGAAGGACUUGGACUUGGAGGAGGGGCUGCUGUGGGAAACUGGAGCGGGGAGAAUGAUAAGAACAAAGUUCUUCUCGGGAUAGGUGGUGGACAUUAUGCACCUCGGCAUAUGGACAUAGUUCUGAAAGAUGGUGUGUGGGUGGGCCACCUACUAUCUGGAUAUUCCUUGCCAAUGGAAGACCCAAACCUGUCAAAAGGUGAAACAAAUUCAAAAGAAAUUGGUGGGACUUGGAAAGAAUCAAUUAAAGCUUCAUUGGAGGCCACAAAAUUGGCUUUUCCUGGUGGAGAAAUUCUAGCUCAUCUUGAUCACAAGAGUUUCAAGAGCUGGCAGAAGAAUGCUAUAACAGGGUUCCUAGGUGAGCAGAACGUCAAAAUUGGCAAACCAAAUGACUUCUACUGAUUGUUCAAGAGCGGCUCUGUGAACAGCUUAAUUUUUAGAAAAGGGUUUUGUCAAUUACUUGGUGAAUUAUUAUACUCUUAUAUAUAGUUUUACAUAAUCUACAGUCUACAGAAACCACAGCUAGAAGCAUUUAGUUAAAUUUGUUGGCAUUACUUUAGCCAAAGGAAAAUUAGAUCAACGUGUAAAUUGGCAUUGCUUGGUAGUUAAAUGUAUUUCGCUAUGCCAUUUUGCAUAUUGAUUUGAUCUUGGAUAUUGUCAGGGUGGAUUACAAACUUACGGUGGUGUGAACCGUUUACAUUUAUUGAAUGAGGGGUGAAUUGAUGCUA